UUUAUCGAUCUCAAAAGUUCUUGAGCAUCUGAGAUACAGAGCAUUCGGAGGUUCAGCGGGAUAGGGAGUGUGUACACCAUGGGCCAGAUCGAGUGGGCGAUGUGGGCAAAUGAACAAGCUCUGGCAUCGGGGCUCAUUCUGCUUAUUGGAGGCGUGGUCGGAGUGGCUGGACAAUUCAGAGAUUGGGAAUUUGCCGCUUAUGGCGUUGCUGCAGGUGUCUUUGUAAUUUUGUUGGAAUACCCCAGAGGAAAGAGACGAAAGGGAACAACCAUGGAGAGACCGGGUCAGUGGUUUUUGGCAGCUGUUGUGAAAUUGUUUGGACCUUUAACACGGAAUUACUAUGUCCGUGCUAUUCUCCACGCAUGCUUAGCAGUACCUGGAGGCUUUAUAUUACCCACAGUCCUGGGCACCGUCAACCUUGGCAUUGCCAGCCUCAUCUACCUACUUGCUGCCUUCCGAAAAGAAGAAUGGAGACCUAUACAGGCGGGACAGACUCCAAAAGGACACGUUGGAAAGAGUAUCCAUCAGCCACCCACAAACCCUCCACCACGGCCUCCUGCUGAACAUCGAAGAAAACAAAUGGAUGAUGGAAGAACUGGAGCUAUUGAAGUCACAGCCACAGCUUGACUCAAACUGAAGUGACUCCAAUGGCAACUGUAAUUAUUCAUCUGUCCCACUAUUUUACUGAACAUGUUAAUACAAUGCAAUGUGGUAUUUAGACCCCAUAUAAGAUCAAAUUAUGAUUGAAAGAAAUAUGAACAUUUUUUCUGCCGUAGGGGUUUUCUCAUUUACAGCGAGACAAUCUGCUAUUUUGUUUAUUUGUUAUCAUUAAUGUUUCCGUGAUAUUGUUACCUAAAGUUCUCCCUUUUCAUUUAUGCUGUUGAUAAGACUUGUUCUUUGUAAAGUAUUAAUAAAGUAAAAGAAUGGGCUGGCAAAUGCCAUUCUCUUAAAACAUUAA